AUGGCCUCAGAUAUAGGGGCGAGGCGGAGCAGCGUGCCCGCGCAUGCUGCUGAUUCUGCAGACCAUGAUCCGUACGAGGACGAUUCUCAGCUCGCGUUCGGCGAAGUUGCGAGACCGGCCAUGUCCCGGAAAUGGCAGACAGACCGGGUCGUCAACGCGCCGAUGUGGGAUGCGCCCGGCUUGACACGAUACCCGACCUCCUUCUCGGCGAAAAAAAGUACCUGGCAGAGCCCCGUCGAUGAGGACUCCGCAACCAGUAGCUCCUCGGACGACGACGGCAGCGACGAUGAGAAAAAGCCCAAGAAGAAGCGCGGGAAGCCAAGGAGGGGCAUGAGCACCAAGCGAGACUCAUACUCGCGGUUCAAGGUGGGCAAUGAAGAUUUCAAUACGAAGGGGAAGGUGUCCAAGAAGGAUGGGAGGCUGAAUAUCAGUGUGAAUGAGACGAGCAAUCGGGGGUAUCUGGCCAAGGCGCUGGGAGCGACGUUUCUCAAGCACGUUGCGGGCGAUCAUGGGAUGGCGGAUGCAAGGGGUAGGGGUACGACUGCGUCUGAAACUUCGAGCGCGAGGACUUCGUCGGAUGUGCCGCGCCCCAAGCUGAAUAUCGUUGUCAUGGUUAUUGGGAGUCGGGGUGAUAUCCAGCCGUUCUUAAAGCUGGGGAAGAACCUCAAGGAAUAUGGACAUAGAGUACGGAUAGCCACUCAUCCUGCUUUCAAGGAGUUUGUCGAGAAGGACUCGGGGCUUGAGUUCUUCUCGGUGGGAGGAGAUCCGGCGGAGCUUAUGGCGUUCAUGGUAAAGAAUCCGGGUAUGAUACCUACGAUGGAGACGUUAAAGAAAGGGGAAGUUGGACGGCGCAGGGAGCAGAUGGCGCAAAUGUUUGAGGGUUUCUGGAGAGCUUGCAUCAAUGCCACAGACGACGAGAAGGAUAUGAACAACAAGAAGAUGAUGGGGGCCAAGGCACCAUUUGUCGCGGACGCCAUUAUCGCUAAUCCACCCUCCUUUGCGCAUAUACAUUGUGCGGAGAGACUAGGCAUCCCGCUGCAUCUGAUGUUCACAUUCCCGUAUACGCCUACACAGGCCUUCCCGCACCCGCUGGCGAAUAUUAAGAAGUCGAAUGUCGAUACUGGAUACGCGAAUUUCAUGUCCUACCCUCUAGUAGAGAUGAUGACUUGGCAGGGAUUGGGAGACUUGGUCAACGCGUUCCGCAUCAAGACUUUGGGUCUUGAGCCAGUCAACACGCUGUGGGCGCCUGGCCAGCUGUACCGUCUCAAAGUGCCUUACACAUACCUCUGGAGCCCAGGACUCGUACCAAAGCCCAAGGAUUGGGGACCAGAAAUCGACAUUGCUGGUUUCGUGUUCCUCGACUUGGCCUCGUCAUUCAAACCACCGGAGGAUCUCGUCAAGUUCCUGGAGGCCGGAGAAACACCAGUGUAUAUCGGAUUUGGCUCAAUCGUAGUUGAUGAGCCUGAUAAGUUCACCAAGAUGAUCUUUCAGGCUGUGGAGAAGGCGGGCGUAAGAGCGCUUGUUUCCAAGGGGUGGGGUGGGCUGGGUGAUGAUAAUACACCUGAUAAUGUGUAUAUGCUUGAGAACACCCCCCACGAUUGGUUAUUUCCAAGGGUCUCUGCUGUGGUUCAUCAUGGUGGUGCUGGAACGACGGCUAUUGGGCUGAAGUGUGGGAAGCCGGCAAUGAUUGUGCCAUUUUUUGGAGAUCAGAUGUUCUGGGGAAUAAUGAUGAGCGAAGCAGGGGCAGGGCCUGAUCCCGUCCCUCACAAGGAACUAACUGUCGACAAGCUCGCAGAAGGUAUUAAAUUCUUAUUGACUGAGAAAGCACGCAAAGCAGCCGAGAAAAUUGCAAAGGAUAUCGAGGAAGAAGGAGACGGUUCCAAGAACGCCGUGACAUCCUUCCACCGCAGUCUUGUGCUUAGAGGCGAGCACUCGAUGCGCUGCUCCAUCCUGGAGGACCGAGUAGCAGUCUGGUCUUUCAAGGGCACGAGUCUACGCUUAAGUGCCUUGGCGGCAGACCUCCUUGUGGAGAAGAAGAAAAUCACAUGGAAGCAGUUGAGAUUGAUACGACACAGUGAGUGGAAUGACUUUGAAGGACCCGGAGAGCCGCUUACGGGUGGAGCGACGGCCAUCAUGGGGACUGUGACGGGUAUUGCUACAGGCGUUGGCAGUGUGCCGUUCAAGAUUGCCAAGAAUGCCAAACGACGGGCAAAGCAUGCUCAGAAGAAGCGUAGAAAGUCUGAGCAGGCUGGUCUCAAGUCCCCGGAGGCUGGUAGUGGAAAGAAUAGUGCUGGCCAGAUGAACGGCGCCCCGAAACAGGAUACCAUUAACAAAAAUCCCAACAAAGGGAACGACAACGCGCAAGUCAAUGGGAAGCCUAGGGGCACGGAGAAUGAGUAUCCGACUGAUGUGGGUAUGGGUGAUGCUAUACCAGCCUCCAAGGCUCCGGGUACAGGCAUGGAGAAGGUCACUUGUGGCCCUGAUCUUGGGAAGCACUCCCAGACCGGCGAGCCGAUAUCGCAGAAGCUUGAGGGUCGGGGUGAAUCUCAACAUCAUCAAGAAAACGACGCAGAUUCAGUUAUGUCUGAUGACCCUAAUGAAAACGCUGCUGUCGAGGCUGGGAAGCAUGUUGGAUUGGGAAUUGGGAAGACGGCGGAGCAUAUAGCUCGAGCCCCCAUGGAUCUUACUCUUGCUAUCGCCCAAGGUUUCCAUAAUGCUCCUCGUCUGUAUGGUGACGAGACAGUGAGAAGACCUACUCGCAUCACCGGAAUCAAGUCUGGUCUCAAAGCUGCUGGAGAAGAGUUCACCUUUGGCAUCUACGACGGUUUUACUGGUCUCGUUACCCAGCCCUGUAAAGGCGCCCGUGAUGGCGGACCCAUUGGAUUCGUCAAAGGCGUUGGUAUGGGCCUCACAGGAUUCGUCCUCAAAGACCUCGCAGCGAUCUUUGGACCGUUUGGCUACACGUUCAAAGGUAUACAUAAAGAGCUUGUCAAAGGCAAACAGCCCACCAACUUCAUUCGAAAAGCACGAAUCAUGGAAGGCCAGCGCGAUCUCAGCGCCCUGGAUGAAAAAGAAAACAAGAGAGCGUCCGAGAUGGUCACCCAUGGCUGGGAUGUGGUACAGCAGGUAUGGGCUAUCAUGGAAGAGAAGCGGUCGCAUGGAUUGAAGGGGAGACUCAAGGCGAUGCGCGAGCAUAAGACUUGGAGGAAUGAUGGAGCCUUUGAGAAUAUUCAGAUGGCGGAGAAGGCUGUGGAGGCUACGAAGAGGGGAGAGAGUCUUGAGAGGGUGUUCGCGCAGCAGAGAGAGGAGUUGCGGUUGGCGCAGAAGCCUCGUAAGAACGUCGUACAGGAUCUCAAGCAAGGGAAGAAGGGGGGCGAGAUGGACGAUGUAAUUGAUCAUGGUCGUGGUAGCGAGUGUACGAUAGAAGCAGCCCGGGAUAGAGAGAGGGAGGAGUUUUGUCACUCGGCCCUCUUCACCUUCCGGUGUACCAGAAUACUCGAUACCGCUGCACACCGGCCGCCGAUUGAAAACAUGAGCAUCGACUUCCCCAAGGAGGAGGAGAGCGUUCUCAAGCUGUGGAAGGAAAUCGACGCGUUCCAAAGACAGCUACAGCUCUCUGAGGGUCGCCCGCUAUAUACCUUCUACGAUGGGCCACCCUUCGCUACCGGCUUGCCCCAUUAUGGCCACCUCCUGGCUUCCACCAUCAAGGACAUUAUUCCGAGAUACUGGUCGAUGAAGGGGUUCCACGUAGAGAGACGGUUUGGGUGGGACACACACGGCUUGCCAAUCGAGCACGAGAUUGACAAGAAGCUGGGGAUUACGGGCAAGGCUGCGGUCAUGGAGCUAGGUCUGGAGAAGUACAACGCCGAGUGCAGAGCUAUCGUCAUGAGAUUCUCUGCGGAGUGGAGGGCGACCAUCGACCGCCUGGGACGCUGGAUCGACUUUGACAACGAUUACAAGACGAUGGACCCGAAGUUCAUGGAGUCGACCUGGUGGGUGUUCAAGUCCAUCUUCGAGAAAGGCCAGGUGUAUCAGGGAUACCGGGUCAUGCCAUACUCGACUGCCCUUACUACGGCACUGUCCAAUUUCGAGGCGAACCAGAAUUACCAGGACGUUACUGAUCCAGCCGUUGUGGUCUCUUUCCCGCUGCUGGAGGAUCCGAAUACAUGUCUCUUGGCCUGGACAACUACUCCUUGGACACUGCCUUCCCAUACGGGUCUGGCUGCGCACCCCGACUUUGAGUACGUUAAGAUACACGACGAGGUUUCCGGAAAGAACUUCAUCCUCCUGGAAAAGCUGCUAGGCACUGUGUACAAGGAUGUCAAGAAAGCCAAGUUCAAGAAAUUAUCGACGAUCAAAGGCAGUGAGAUGCUUGGAUGGAAGUACGAGCCAUUGUUCGAUUACUUCUACGACGAGUUCAAGGACUACGGAUUUCGAGUUCUGAAUGCGACCUAUGUUACGGACGACAGUGGUGUGGGGAUUGUACACCAAGCACCCGCCUUCGGAGAGGAAGAUUACAAUGUUGCCAUAGAUCAUGGUGUCAUAUCUGAAAAGCGCCCACCCCCAAAUCCAGUCGAUGAGAGAGGUCUGUUCACGUCGAAGGUGCGCGACUUCGAAGGCAUGCACGUCAAGGCUGCCGACAAGGCCAUCAUCAAACACUUGAAGGGGACGGGUAGAAUCGUCGCGGACUCCCAGAUCAAACAUAGUUACCCUAUGUGCUAUCGUUCCGAUACCCCCUUGAUCUACAGAGCCGUUCCGUCGUGGUUCAUCAGAAUCCCAGAGAUCAUCCCUCAGAUGUUGACCAACAUCGAAGAUUCUCACUGGGUACCAUCAUUCGUCAAAGAGAAGCGAUUUGCCAACUGGAUCAGUGGCGCGCGCGACUGGAAUGUUUCCCGCAACCGAUAUUGGGGAACUCCGAUCCCAAUCUGGGUCAGCGAUGAUUUCGAAGAGAAGGUUUGCAUUGGCAGCAUUGCCGAGCUCAAGGAACUUAGUGGCUACGAGGGCGACCUGACUGAUCUCCAUCGCGACAAGAUUGAUAACAUCACUAUCCCGAGUAAGAUGGGCAAGGGCACGCUGAGACGCAUUGAAGAGGUUUUCGAUUGUUGGUUCGAGUCCGGAAGUAUGCCAUACGCCAGUCAGCACUACCCAUUCGAGAACAAGGACAAGCUUGAGAAAUCUUUCCCUGGAGAUUUCAUCGCUGAGGGUCUAGAUCAGACGAGAGGUUGGUUCUACACGCUGCUUGUGAUUGGUACACAUCUUUUCGGAGUAUCGCCUUUCAAGAAUUGUGUUGUAAAUGGAAUCGUGUUGGCCGAAGACGGAAAGAAGAUGUCGAAGAGACUGAAAAACUACCCCGAUCCGGCUAUUGUCAUGGAGAAAUAUGGUUCUGAUGCGCUGCGUCUGUACCUGAUCAAUUCACCUGUUGUACGCGCCGAGCCACUCCGAUUCAAGGAGGCUGGCGUUAAGGAAGUCGUCGCCAAGGUCUUAUUGCCGCUGUGGAACAGCUACAAGUUUUUCGAAGGCCAAGUUGCGCUUUUGAAGAAGAUUGAGAACGUUGACUACUGCUUCGACCCCGCUGCCGAGGCUACCAAUACAAAUGUUAUGGAUAGAUGGAUUCUGGCGAGCUGUCAAAGUCUGCUGAAAUUCGUCAACGAGGAGAUGGCUGGUUAUCGCCUAUACACUGUUGUCCCCAGACUUCUGGGUCUCAUUGAUAACACGACCAACUGGUACAUCCGGUUCAACCGAAAGCGUCUAAAGGGAGAGCUCGGGCUCACCGAUACCAAACACGCACUCAACACUCUCUUCGAAGUCCUUUUCACUCUCGUCAAAGGUCUCGCUCCAUUCACCCCGUUUAUCACCGACACCAUCUACCAACGUUUACGGCCACAUAUUCCCAAAGAUCUUCAGGCAGAGGACCCUCGUAGUGUUCACUUCCUACCAUUCCCAGAUGUCCGAUCAGAACUUUUCAAUGAGGAAAUCGAGCGUCGUGUUGGUAGGAUGCAAAAGGUCAUCGAGUUGGCCCGAGUAUCGAGAGAACGUCGGACCAUCGGUCUGAAGACUCCUCUGAAGAGCUUAGUUGUUAUCCACCCAGAUUCCGUCUACUUGGAUGAUGUUCGAUCGCUAGAAGGCUACAUCACUGAAGAGCUUAACAUCCAAGAGUUGGUGCUUUCUUCAGACGAGGCAAAAUACAACGUCCAAUACAGCGUGACUGCCGACUGGCCAGUUCUCGGCAAGAAGUUGAAGAAGGAUGUUCAGAAAGUCAAGAAGGCACUUCCAGGACUGACGAGCGACCAAGUUCAUAAAUUUGUACUGGACAAGACCAUUACUGUUGAUGGUAUUGCGCUCGAGGACGGAGACCUCGUUGUUAAGAGAGGCCUGAAAGAUGAUGAGUCGUCGAAGAAACUGGAGACAAACACAGAUGAUGAUGUCCUCACUAUCCUCGAUGCAGAGAUCUACCCAGAACUCGCAGACCAGGCAUUGGCGAGAGAGAUCAUCAACCGUGUCCAGCGACUGCGAAAGAAGGCCGGACUUCAGCCCACAGACGAUGUGAAGAUGGAGUACAAAGUCCUGUCUGAUCCUGAGAACAUUGGCCUUGCCAAUGCCUUUGCGAGUCAAUCGAGCACUAUUGAGAAAGCAUUGCGCCGGCCAAUUGAUCAUCACGUAGUAACGGAGAAAUCGGAUGCUAAUCCUGACAAGGCUGAGGCAGGUGUUAUCUUGGAAGAGGAGCAGGAGAUCUCGAAAGCUUUGUUUUUGCUGAGAUUGCUGAAGCUAUGA